CAUUAUCCACCACUCUACGGUGGAGACUGGCAGAGCUAAUAGGCUCGAAUAAGGCUUUCGGUACGAGUGUGCCGCAUCGGUGUAUCGUUGCAUCGCACCGUCCUUGUCGUUGCCAGAUUGUUGCGAGAUUUUGCUUGUAGGGGUAAGGGACCCCAUUCAGCGUUGCUCACGCACGGAAAGAUUUCAGCUUGGUUUGUGCGGGUCGGAGGUUUUGGAGCUCUUUCUUUCAGGGUUUUAGAGGCUUUUCCAGGGUUUAGGGCCAUGGCUACUUCAGUACAAGCAGGAAUGGCGUUGAUUCCCCGGUCUCCUUUCGUUGAGGGAUAUGGAGUCCCCACUAAGCAGUUCUUGAGGAGCGCGAUGGGUAGCGAGCUUCUGGUUGCCUGCAGAGGUGCCAGGACUAGCAUGUCUGUAGCACCGGCUUCGAAGAACCGAGAGGUAGUUAAAUCCUCCAAGGGCGGUCAGAGUGAGACGGUGCGAGUGGGUGUUCUCGGCGCCAGCGGGUACACUGGAUCCGAGAUCAUUCGCCUGCUAGCGACACACCCAGUCUUUAAAGUGACAAUGAUGACAGCCGAUCGAAAGGCAGGCCAGUCCUUAGCAUCCGUCUUCCCUCAUCUGGCUACACAGGAUUUGCCGAACAUGGUCGCAGUCAAGGAUGCCGAUUUCUCGCAGGUGGACGCUGUAUUCUGUUGUCUUCCUCAUGGAACAACUCAGGAGAUAAUUGCAGCUCUUCCGGACUACUUGAAGGUUGUAGAUCUUUCAGCGGAUUUUCGACUACGGAACACAAAGACGUAUGAAGAGUGGUACAAUGGACCCCAUCGUGCUCCUAAGCUACAGACUGAAGCUGUGUAUGGAUUAACAGAGUUAUAUAGAGACGAAAUCCGAGCAGCGCGUUUGGUUGCAAAUCCUGGGUGCUACCCAACUUCAAUUCAGCUUCCUUUGAUUCCUUUGCUAAAGGCCGGAUUAAUUGAGAAGGAUAACAUUAUCAUUAAUGCGAACUCUGGAGUCAGUGGUGCAGGUCGGUCUGCGAAGGAAGCAAAUUUAUAUACGGAGAUUUGUGAGGGCAUUCAUGCUUACGGAAUUACUAGACAUCGUCAUGUACCUGAAAUUGAACAAGGACUUGCUGACACAGUUGGUUCUGAUGUUACAAUCAGCUUCACUCCAAACCUCAUGCCCAUGAGCCGAGGAAUGAUGUCUACCAUGUUUGUUGAAAUGCAACAAGGCGUGACAGUGGAUGUCUUAAGGAACCACCUUGUCGAGCGAUUUUCCGAUGAUGAGUUUGUUGUGGUGCUAGAAAAGGGUAUAGCACCUCAUACACGCCACGUACGGGGAUCAAACUAUUGCUUGAUGAAUGUUUUUGAGGAUCGGAUUCCUGGAAGAGCAAUCAUCAUCUCUGUGAUCGACAAUCUUGUCAAGGGUGCAUCAGGCCAAGCCCUACAGAACUUGAACCUGAUGAUGGGCUGCCCGGAGGAAGCUGGCCUUCUUCAGCAACCGAUGUUCCCUUGAUCUGGUGACGAGAAUAUUUGGUUUUCAUUGUUGAUAGACUGAGUGAGCUUCAUCCGUGCUUCGUUAUUAUGAAUUGUGUCCCCUUAUGUUGAUCAGUUUUGAUAAGCUGGUUAUUCUGGUCAUUUAGAGUUAGAGAGGAGUACAUACUUCUCAUAGCUCACCAUUUGCAUUUAAGGAUUAAGUAGAUCCUUUUCCUGAACGCAGAAUAUUUGAGUGUAUUGUUUGUGAAGUUGCGGAUUAGAUGAUGUGUAUGUUGAAGUAGCUUGAUGUGUUUUAGUCAUGCAAACAUUGACUUUGUUAGGGAACAAUAGUAUUUUGAAACAAUCAAAUAAUCUAUAUGAAAAAACUUGAGAUUUUAAUAUU